CAUGCGCGUGCACCUCUGCGUUUAUACCUGUCCUGCUGUUUUCAUUGGGUUGUCCCGUUCCACCUCGCGUGGCCCGAGAGUCCGAGAGCAAUACUGUAACUCUAUUCACGAUUCGGCCGUUUUCUGCAUCAACGGGACGGGGCCAGGCGACUGAACACGCCCUUGGCAACCGCCACCGCCGCCGACGCCGCCGUACUCCAGCUGCCAAGGUCUUCGUCCGACCCUUUACCGGCGACGAGGUAUGCCCGCCGCCGUACCACAAUAGGUAUGCCCGCCCGCGCCCCUCUCUUGCCUUCCUUCUGUGCAAAACGGAGCACCCAAACCCUAAUUUGAGCUAUUUGGCUUUCUGUGUUCGGAUCCGAUCUAAUAAGUGUAAGUGUGUCUGUGUGUGCAUGUAUUGUACCUACUAACUUCGGUUUUUGGGGAAAAUUAUCGGGUGUACGGUGUGGUACACCCCUGUCCUAUAUUGGUGGGUCCGCCCCUUCGAGGACAUAUGGAAUCAUCCGUGUUCAGUGACGCGGAUUUCAGCAUGGUUGAUUCUGUUCAUGACAACAUUGUGCUGAACAAGUGUAUCAAGGACAUCCUUGCACUAAUCAAACCAGUAGAGGAUGAUAGAAGCAGGCGGCUAUCCACAAUUCAGGAGCUGGAAAACUGUAUCCACUCUCAAGCAUCUCUGUCAGGUGCUGCUGUCAAACCUUUUGGGUCCUUUGUAUCAGAUCUUUACUCAAAAUCAGGCGACUUAGAUUUAUCAAUUCAGCUCUGGAAUGGUUCAAACCACCCUAUAAACAAGAGAAAGAAGCAGAAUACCUUGAGAGAAGUUAGGAAAACCUUACUAAGUCAAGGUGUUACUGGAUACAUGCAGUUCAUUCCACAUGCAAGAGUUCCAGUCCUUCAAUAUGUCAGCAACCGCUUUGGCAUCUCCUGUGAUAUAUCAAUUGAUAACUUUGCUGGUCGAAUUAAGUCCAAAAUCUUCUACUGGAUCAAUACUUUAGAUGAGCGGUUUGGUGAUAUGGUUUUGCUGCAUCAUCUUUCCUUCCAGAUCAAGGAAUGGGCAAAAGCUCAAAACAUUAACGAUCCAAAGAGUGGGUCCCUGAACUCUUAUUCACUUUGCCUACUUGUCCUCUUUCAUUUUCAGACAUCCGAUCCACCAAUUCUACCACCUCUGAAUGAGAUUUAUGAAGGGAACAUUGCAGGAGAUGUUACAGCACUUUAUAAUGAGCAACAUCUUGAUGAAGUUUGUGCUGCAAAUAUAGCAAGAUUUAGACUCCAGAACAAGGGCCGCAGAAAUGAAACUUCUAUUUGUCGCCUACUUGGAACUUUUUUUCAAAAGUUUGCUCGUAUCAAUGCCUUUACGGAUAAUGUCAUAUCAACUUACUCAGGCCAGAUUGGGCGAAUCCAGGACGACCCAAGUUGGAUGACGAAAUCUUACCAUUUAUUUGUUGAAGAUCCAGUAGAGAGACCUGAUAAUGCCGCUAGAGCAGUUAGUAUGAAAGGCCUUGACCGCAUUGCUAGUGCAUUCAAUGAUGCUUGUCACAAGUUUAACUCCCUGGAACAUAUUGACCGGAAUGAGUUAUUGGCGCUGUUGUGUACCCCUGUUGUUGGCUUGAAACUUGGUGGGAAAGUCAUAGCAAACUCUUACCAAAAAACUCCACAAAGGAAUAAUCAGCAUACCACAACUGGAGGACGGGCAGGGCGUGAUCAAGGUCAAGCACCGAGAGCCAGAGGGUUUGCUGGAAUCAGACCAGUCCAUAAAGACCCACUAGCGAAUACUACAGCACAUGAAACAGCAGUACAGUAUCAUAACCAUCAGCAGGCUACAACAGUUCGACAAACAGCCAUACCAUACCCUGGCCGUAAUCCACAAACUCAUACUACAGUGCAUCAGACAACGCCUUACCAGAAUCAUACUGUUCCACAGGUGUAUCCUACUUGGCCCCAAACAGCUGAACCGUACCACAAUCAUAAUCAGCAGGUUUAUGCUACUGGGUUGCAAACAGGGCCAUACCAAAGCCAUAACCAGGUCUAUGCUCCAAGAUUCCAAACAGGACCAUACCAGAGUCGUCAUCAUCAGGUUUAUAGAGCAGGGUUGCAACCUGGAGGAACAUAUCAGAUCCACAAUCAACAUCAACAGGUGUAUAAUGCAGGGUUCCAAACCGACGGUCCACACCAAAAUCAGCAGCGGCGGAAGGGAUACACACCGAACCAUCAGACUAACAGGUAUACUGCCAUGGCAGCGAGGUAUGAGCCUGUUCGUGGACAGUUCAACAAUGGAUCAACAAGGGACUCAAAAUCCCAAGCAGCAGACACUGCAGCUUCACAAAGAUAGCCGUCAGCAUCAACUUAUCACUCAGGAGGAUAGUAACAGGCAAAUCUUCUGAUUUUUGCAUGGCAGUACUCGUUAGGUCUAUGGCAUUUUCACCUUUUGCUCGACAGUGUAUAGCUUUUGCCAGAGAACUCUGGUCUAAGCCUAGUGUUUUGUGGAUGGAAGUAUCUCGAGCUUUGUACUGCUGGACAACUCUUCAAGCUUUGUACUGCUGGACAACUCUUCCUAAUGUAAAAAUUUCUAACGCUUUGUACUGCUGGACAACUCUUCCUUGUGUAAAAAUUGCUGGUAGCAGUCGUUUAUAUUUCGUAGUAUGUGUCAAUUAA